AAAACAUAUCUUAGUUAGAGAGAGAUGGCUAGACAUUUAGAAGAUGUAAUGAGCAUGGCGACAACAACACACUUCGAUGUUAGUAACCUUUUUCAUCUUGUGUUCUUGGCUCUAUUCGGCUGUUGUGUCCUCUCGGCUCUAUUACUCUUUUGCGCCGAUGGAGCCUCUGACGACAGAGGCACUUCUCGUAACACGACCGCCGCCGGAGGCUGUGGCGGAGCCGGUUGCGGCGGUGGUUGUGGAGGUUAAGAGUUCCUUCAUCUUCAUCGUGGAAAAAGAAAUAAUAGUCGAUUAGUUUUCUCAUAUUAUGAUGGUUUUCGUUUUAUUGUGUUAUACAACUCCUUGGUUGCUUUUACAUAAACAUAAGAAUAGAUUGUAUAAAUAAAUCGUAUUACUACAGAAUAUAAUACUAUUUCAUGCAUUUCGAUUUGAAGUAUUAAUACAUAUAAUAUUAAUUUGUUGCUAAAUAUUAAGAACACGAAAGAAACUGGUACUAUCUUUAUUUCUGUAAUUACUUUAUUUCUAAACCGGUAAAACGAUCCAAAUCCCAUUUUGAAUCCCCAAUUUCAGGGGAGAGAUUCAUAAUCCAUA